AUGCACACCUUCGAGGACGGACGAGAAGAGGUCGAGGUGGCAUGGAAGGAAGGCGCUGCCGCCCCUCUCUUGAACGCUCCAGAUCUGUACGAGAAGAUCCGACCGUCCGAUUCAGCCUGGUACAUUGACGGCUCCACACUCGUCCUGACUCUGACCAAGCAGCACCCGCAGAAAUGGCCCGCCCUAACCGACACCGAAGCCUUGGAAAAGAGGUUCGGACCCAUCCGAACCUCCCCGAACAAGGCUGCAGGUUCGGCAGCAGCAUCAGCUUCGGCAGCAGCAGCGGAGAAUGGAAGUGCCAAAGCAGGCGGGGAGCAGGCAGGGGCGGGGGGAGGGGAGAAGGGGGGAACGGGGAAGGCGGAGGAAAAGGGUGGGGAUGAGGCAGGUGAAAAGAAGGAUGGAGCAGCAGCAUGGGCUGCCCGGGAAAAAGUCAACCGGCUGCUGAAAGCUGCCCAAGACGGUGACGUGGAGGGGUUGAAACAAGCAGUGGCUGUAAUGAUUGCGGAUGGGAAGGCACAAGGGGAGGGGAAGGCGGAAGGGGAAGGGGAGGGGAAGGAAAAGGGGAAGAAGGGGGGAGUGGAGAUGCUUUCAGAGUUUGAUGUUGAUGAGAUAGUCAGUACUGACACUGCUGCUGCCGCCGCUGCUGCUGGUGCGGGUGACAGUAACGAGGGGAAGCUUGCAGUGGAGGAAGCGAGGGAGGUGCUGGAGGAGGUGAGGGACGCCAACGGCCGCACGGCGCUGCACUUUGCAGCGAGUAAGGGGCACGUCGAUGCGUGCAGGUACGUGGCUGGGUUGGGGAGGGGCACGUUGAUGCGUGCAGGUACGUGGCUGGGUUGGGGAGGUGAGUUUUGGGUCGACUCUAAAGUGGAGGAAGCGAGGGAGGUGCUGGAGGAGGUGAGGGAAGCCAUUGGCCGCACGGCGCUGCACUUUGCAGCGAGUAAGGGGCAUGUGGACGCGUGCAGGUACAUGGUGGAGGAGAUAGGCGUGCCAGUGGAUGUGAAGGACGAUGAGGGGGAGACGCCGCUCAUGCUGGCAGCAAGGGACGACCACUCAGACGCUGCCACGUGGCUGGUGCAGCACGGGGCGUCUGUUGCCACGUCAGCAGAGAAGUCGGGCGCGCAGGCGAUACAUCAUGCAGCGGGGCAUGGUUCGGUGAAGAUCCUUGAGCUCCUAUUGGACAACGGCGCCGACCCUAACGCUCAGAGCGAUGCCGGGCCUCCGCUGCUGUGGGCGUGCGGUCACGGGAAGGUGGCUGCAGCGGGUGUGCUUCUAACGAGGGGAGCCAACCCAGACACACCCACCGAGGAUGGCGUGACCUCGCUGCUCACUGCCACUGCUGCCGGGGAGACGGAAAUAGUCAAGCUUUUGCUCAAGACUUCCCUGUUCCCGCUUCUCCCCUUUACCGCUGCUGCUCCAUCCUCCCCUCUCCCCUGUGUCACCUCCACCACGCCGCUCAUCAUUGCUGCCGACGCGGGCAACACACCCGCCGUCUCCGCUCUCCUUGCCGCCGGUGCUGAUGCAGACAGGCGCGACGAGGAGGGCAUGACGGCACUAGACGCCGCUGCUGCUGCCAACCGCGGCCCCCCCCUCCCCACCAACGCUGCCGCCGCUGCUGCUGCAACAGCUGCAGCUAGUAGUACCAAUGGUGCUGCUACCGCUGCUGCUCCGUCCUCCCCUCUCCCCUGUGUGACAUCCACCACGCCGCUCAUCAUUGCUGCCGACGCAGGCAACACACCCGCCGUCUCAGCCCUCCUUGCCGCCGGUGCUGAUGCAGACAGGCGCGACGAGGAGGGCAUGACUGCACUAGACGCCGCUGCUGCUGCUGGGAAUAAGGAGGUUGUAGGGUUGUUGCUGCCGGUGACGCAGCGGCCUGCUGACGUGGCGGAAGGGGAUUGGACGGUGGAGGGAGUAAUGAAACGAGCGGCGGGAGCAGCCGCAGCAGGAGGAGCGGGAGGAGGGGGGAAGGGAGAGGCGUCAACAGGAGGAGGAGGGGGGGGAGCAGGAGGGGUAGGAGCUGCACCCCCAGGGUCUGCUCUAUCUGCGGAUGUGGCUGCAGCAGUGGCAGAGGCCAAGGCAAGGGGAGAUGCAGCAUUCAGAUCACAGCAGUUCCAAGAAGCAGUCGACUCAUACACUCAGGCAUUGGAUCUCUACCCUAAAGCAGAGCUGGCAGCAACCCCAGCGGACGACAGGGUGAUGAAGGGCACCCUUCUGGCCAACCGCAGCAUCUGCUGGCUGCGCCUGGGACAGGCGCCUCUCGCCCUGGCAGACGGGCAGAUGAGCCGGUCGCUGCGGCCCGACUGGCCCAAGGCUUACUUUCGAGAAGGCAGUGCUUUCAGAGCCAUGGAGCGUUACGAGGAUGCAGCGAAUGUGUUCUUCGAAGGGGUUCAAGUCGAUCCGAAUAACAUGGAUCUCACUGCAGCAUUUCAAGAAGCGAUUGAAGCUGGGCGCAAAGCACAUAAACAGAAGCAGGGGUCCAAGUCCUAG